AUGGCGAUUGACGACGUGUCUAAGUGGGUAGAGGCUCAAGCUCUUCCUACAAAUGAAGCCCGAGUAGUCUUGAAAUUCCUUAAGAAACUCUUCUCCCUAUUCGGUACACCAAAAGCUUUAAUUAGUGACCGUGGUACUCACUUUUGCAAUGCAUUGAUGGAAAAACUGCUUGCAUGCUACGGAGACACUCAUCAUUUGUCUACCGCAUAUCAUCCAAAGACAAGUGGUCAAGUGGAGAAUGCGAAUCGCGAUAUCAAACGAAUCUUAAAGAAAAUAGUUGGUAAGAAUAGGAAGGAUUGGUCCGACAAGCUAGACGAUGCAUUCUGGGCAUUUAGAACCGCCUACAAGACACCUUUAGGAACCACACCAUUCAUGAUCGUCUAUGGAAAAGCAUGUCACCUUCCCGUAGAGUUAGAACAUAGAGCGCUUUGGGCAUUGAAGACCGUUAAUCUUGACAUGACCGAAGCCGCUAGGAAACAUUUCUUUCAAAUCCAUGAGCUUGAGGAGCUUAGGGAUGUGGCUUAUGCUCGAUCGUGGGGAAUCAAGGAGAAAACGAAAAUUGAAGUUAUUUGCGGGAAGUUGAAAUCGAAGUGGUCGGGACCUUAUAUGGUUCAUUACGUGUUUCCGUAUGGAGCGGUAGAGAUCAUGGUUGAGACGGAUGGCCGAAGUUGGAAGGUGAAUGGUCAUCGGUUGAAGCACUACAUUGGAGGAGCGAUAAACAAGAACGAGAUGGAGGAAACUCCUCUCGAAAUCCCAUCUAAAGCCGCCAAUUAG